AUGGAUCCAAUCCGUGAUAGUCUUUAUGGUGAACAACUGAGACAGCAAGCAGAUGACGAUAAGGAGACAAGACAAACGCUUACUGAGCUUAGGAAUGACUUUGCAAACUUCAGUGCAGAAAAUGGUUCUGCAAUUCCUAGAGAAUUGACAGUAAUGUUUGAUACAACGAAAAAAAUGUUGAAAAGUUCGUCUGAGGAAAUUACUCCCAUGUUCGUAAAAACUCGGACUAUGGACAAAAUAUUGAAUGUCAUUAAAAGGAAUGGGUUUGUUCUCGUCAGGGGAAAUCAAGGGGAUGGAAAGACCACUCUCUCUAGGCAUAUCUUAACGGAACUGCAGAAAGAAGGGAAGCAUCCAUUACAGAUAAUGUCAACCAAUGAUAUUUAUAGUCUAAUCCCAUCAUGCUCCAAUGUUGCAAUAUUUUUAGACAACAUAUUUGGAGAAACAUUUGUAUUAAAUGAAGAGGUGCGUUACUUUUUCAAUCAGCUUGAUCUCAUAAAAGUUUUGGUAUCAAAUGAUGACAUCUCAGACGGAAAUAUGCUCAUUGUGACAAUAAGGAGUGAAAUAUAUAACGAAAUAAAACAGAAACUGGAGGGCAGCGAGUUUUUGCGUUCAGCUGUUGUUAAUAUAUCCGACAUCGAAAAUCGGAUAAAUAGAAAAGAGUUAGAAGAUUUUGUAACAAAAUACGACUUACAAGAUAUCAUUUCCAUCGAUAAAGUACUCGAAAUAAAAACUCUUGGAUGUUCAAUAGGUAUCCCUCAAUGUUUCAGACUUCUGAAAGACGGAAAAUGCAACAAUGUUGAUACUUAUGAAUUAUUUGAAGAACCUUUGAAAUAUCUACGGAAUGAAAUCAAAGAAAGAAUAGGAGAAAAAAAGCCGAAAACUGCUGUUUUGGUGUAUAUUCUUUUUUGUGGAGGGAGAGUUGCUGCUGAAACUUUGCAAACCCCUUCCUCAGACAGGCAAAGAAAACAAAAGGCUUUUGAAAUUAUAGGAAUGAAGACAGAUACUGCUUUUAUGCAAGAUUUCCAAAGGUCAACGGAAUGUUACGAAGGUUCUUUUAUAGAAUACGAUGAGAUAGAGAAAAUAUUUAAAUUUACACAUAGUUCUGUACAAGAUAGCCUUUUCUUGUACAUUUUUCAGUUUCACCCAAAAGAUGUCAUCAGCUUAUGUGAUCCUUUUCUCCUAGUUUCUCUUGCAACAAAGUCCGUCAAAGCAGUGAAUACUGUUACCAUAACUGACGAAAUGUUUCCAGACGUCAUAGACAGAAUCAUUAUCCUUUUAAAGGGUGCAAAGGCAUCUGAGUAUAAGGCAGUAUCACUAUUAAAACUCUGGUCCGAUGAAGCUUUUUUUAGAAAGGUUUUCCAAAACGAAGAGUUCAUAAAUGUAAUGAUAAAUAAUGUGGACGAAAACGAUGAUUCGAUGUUGGUUCAUUUCUCGGAAGCCGGCCAUGCCAAAUGGGUAGAAUGUCUAUUACGUCUUUCCUCACAAAAGCAAAUAUUUACUUCAUUACAAAAGGCAUGCUCUCAAAAUCAUUUAGAUGUGGUAGAGUUUAUUCUCAAGAUGGAUAUUGAUCCGUCAACGAUACUAGGAGAUCAAGGAAAGACGAUUCUACACAUUGCUUGUAAACAUGGAUAUUUUAAUAUGUGUAGAUUUUUAGUAGACACUUAUCCUUGUUUACUAAAACUAAGAAGCUAUGAUGGUGAAACCGUGUUACAUGAUGUAUCCUGGGGAGGCAAUGUUGAACUGUUACAACUUUUAUUGCAGGAAGGUCUGGACGUUAACUGUAAAGCAUAUAAUGGUAGAACUGUCUUUCAUAGUUGUUGUCUGAAUGGUAUGAUUGAAAUGUGUAAAUAUUUACUGGAUAAGCAACCACAUUUUUUAUACGAAUGUAACACAUAUGGUCUAAAUGCUUUACAUUACGCAGCCUACGGAGGUAAUGUUGAACUUUUUAAGUUUCUACUCCUAGAAGGCAUAGAUGUCAGUAGCCAAACAAAUGAAGGUAAAACUGUCUUGCAUUGUUGUUGUGCAGAUGGCCAGAUAGAGAUAUGUAAGUACUUAGUUAGAGAGUACCCACAAUUACUGAAUAUAAUCGACAAAAGUGGAUCUACUGUUCUGUAUGAUGCAGCAUAUGGAGGGAAUGUAGAUCUUUUUCAAUUCCUGGCAGAGACGGGUUUGGAUGUGAAUAGAAAAACAUACCAGGGUAGUACAGUUCUUUAUUCCUCUUGCUUUGCAGGAAAAAUAGAAAUGUUUAAAUACUUAGUAAAGAGUUGUGGUAAUGGAAAAUUGGAGAUGUGUAAAUACCUAAUAAACACUUUUCCUCAUUUAAAGUUUGUCAAAGACAGCUUCGAUAAAACCAUUUUACACUCUGCGGCUAUGGGAGACUUACAAGAUAUCACAACAAAGGCUGGCAAAAGCGUUUUACAUUUUGCAGCAUGCAGUGGACAUAUUGAUCUUUUCAGAUAUUUACUGGGAACCUACCCUCAUUUAUUAGAGAUCAGAACUGUUGAUGAUCAAAAUCUUUUACAUGCAGCAGCUGAGGGAGGAAAUAUUGAUUUAUUAAUGUUUCUUAUAGGAAUGGGUAUGGAUAUCAACAGCAAAACAGCUCUCGGACAAACAGUCCUACACAAAUGCUUUCGUUGUGGCUCAGUAGAAAUGAGUAUCCACCUGGUUGAAACUUAUCCUCAGUUACUGGACUGUAUGGAUAAUCAAGGACUAAAUGCAUUGUUUUAUGCAACCAUAGGAGGAAAUAUUGACUGCGUCAAUAUUUUAAAAAAUAAAGGACUAGAUAUCAACAGUAAAUCAAAUUCAGGUUAUACAGUCCUAUACAUGUGUUGCCUUUCUGGUUCAUUAGACAUGUGUAAGUAUCUAGCCAACACGUAUCCUCAGUUAUUGCAAAUUAUGAGUGAUACUAAUGAAAAUUUACUACACGCCACGGCAUGGAAAGGUCGUGUUGAUCUUUUCAAGUUUCUGAUAGAAAAAGGUCUGGAUGUAAAUAGUAGAACAAUUUUAGGCAGAACGGUCCUACAUGAAUGUUGUCUGAAUGGUACAAUGGAGAUGUGUUCGUACCUUGUUAAUUUUUAUCCUCAUUUACUGGACAAAAAGGACAAGGAUGGAAAACUUGCAUUGCAUUGCGCGGCCAUGAGUGGUAACAUUGCUUUUGUCAAGCUUCUGACAGAAAAAGGACUUGAUAUCAAUAGUAGAACAAACACAGAUCUAACAGUCUUACACUUAUGUUGUAUUAAUGGUAAAAUAGAGUUAUGUAAAUAUCUAGUUGAUACGUACCCCAAAUUACUGAAAAAUAAGGACAUAAAUGGAGAAAAUGUAUUACAUUACGCAGCCAAGGGAGGUAGCGUUGAUUGUGUGAACUUUUUGACAGAGAAUGGAGUUAAUAUCGACGGUAUAUCAAAAUCGGGUGAAACUGUUUUACAUCUUUGUUGUGAAAAAGGUUCCUUGGAGAUGUGUAAAUAUCUAGCUAACACUUACCCUCAGUUACUAGAAAGUAAGGAUAUAUCCAAUCGAAAUAUGUUACACGUAACAGCCCGGAAAGGUCGAGUUGAUCUUUUCAAGUUUCUGAUAGAAAAAGGUCUGGAUGUAAAUAGUAGAACAAACUUAGGCAGAACAGUCCUUCAUGAAUGUUGUCUGAAUGGUACAAUGGAGAUGUGUUCGUACCUAGUUAAUGUUUAUCACCAUUUAGUGGAUAUAAAGGACAAUGACGGAAAACUUGCAUUACAUUGCGCAGCAAUUGGGGGUGAAGACCAAAACAGCUUUAAUGCACUACAUUACACAGCUUGGAAUGGAAGUGUUGGUCUUUUCAAGUUUCUGAUAGAAAAAGAUGAGAGGGACAAAUAUGGACGCAGUGUCUUGCAUUACGCAGUCAUGGGCGGAGACGUUGAUUGUGUGAGAUUUCUAACGGAGAAAGGACUGGAUAUCCACUGUCAAUCAAAAUCAGGUGAAACACUCUUAGACCUAUGUUGUGAAGAGGGUUCUUUGGAGGUGUGUAAAUAUUUAAUUAAUACUUUCCCUCAAUUACUAAAAAUUGACAAAAUAUGGAAUCGAUAUGUGUUACACAUUGCAGCAACGAAAGGUCAUAUUGAUAUCUUCAAGUUUUUAAUAGAAAAGGGCAUUAAUGUCAACAGUAAUUUCGGAGGAAGGACUGUCCUUCAUGAAUGUUGUCUAAAUGGUUCAUUAGACAUUUGUAAAUAUCUAGCAAACACUUACCCUCAAUUCCUGAAAUGCAAUGACAGUAUGAAUCGAACCGUUUUACACGUUACGGCAUGGAAAGGUCGAGUAGAUCUUUUCAAAUUUCUGUUAGAAAAAGAUACGGAUGUUUAUAGUAAAACAACUUUGGGCAGAACAGUCCUUCAUGAAUGUUGUCUGAAUGGUACAAUGGAAAUGUGUUCGUACCUACUUGAUUUUUAUCCUCCUUUACUGGAUAUAAAGGAUAAGGAUGGAAAACUUGCAUUGCAUUGCGCGGCAAUGGCGGGUAACAUUGGUUUUGUCGAGUUUCUGAUAGAAAAAGGUCUGGAUAUUUAUUGUAGAACAAAGUCAGGUCUAACAGUUUUACACUUAUGUUGUAUAAAUGGUAAAUUAGAAUUAUGUAAGUAUCUAGUUGAUUCUUAUCCUCAGUUACUUGAUAAAAGGGCCAGCUAUGAACAAAAUGUGUUGCCUAACGCGGUCAUGGGAGGAGACGUUGAUUGUGUGAGAUUUCUGACGGAGAAAGGACUGGAUAUAAACUGUUCAUCUGAAUCAGGUGAAACAGUCUUACAUCUAUGUUGUAAAGAGGGUUCUUUAGAGAUGUGUAAAUAUCUAAUUGAUACUUACCCAAAACUGCUAGAAAUAAAGGACACAACGAAUCGAGACGUGUUACACGUCGCAGCUUGGACAGGGCGUGUAGAUCUUUUCAAGUUUCUGAUAGAAAAAGGUAUGGAUGUCAACAGUAUAACAAACGAGGGCAAAACAGUCCUUCACGAAUGUUGUAUAAAUGAUGAACUGGAAAUGCGUGAUUACUUAGUUAAUAGUUACCCACAGUUGUUGGCCGAAAAGGAUGCCUUCGAACACAGUGCUCUAUAUAAGGCUUUAGAAAAUUCAAACUUCAUUUAUGCCGUGGAUUAUUGGGAGAGGAGAGAAGAAUUUAAUUUGAAUAAUAUUGCUGAAGUGUUGUAUUAG